GACGUUUCGCAUUUAGCUGAAGAGGCUGUGUGAUUGUUUUUCUUUCUGGAACGAAUGAAUAAUUCACGUACUUUUCAGUACAAAUAUAACACAGAAGUCCUUAACUGUUUACCUAAAACAUGACGAAACUCAACAAUCCAAAUGCUGCACGAAUUAAUCCAUGUUUAAAGGAGCAAGAACAGUCUUACGAGUGUCUGAAUAAAAAUGGCUUUGACCACAAAAAGUGCGAAGCGUAUUUUGAUAACUACAAUACUUGUAAAAAGUUCUGGGGAAAAAUAUACAGCGAUAGGAAAGCCAGAGGCAUUUACCCCUACCUUCCUGAUGUGGAGGAGAGAGAGAAAAUUAAGUCGGACUAUAUUAAAAAUGUGAAGGACUCCUUGUGAUUAUUCACCAAACUUUAUAGAAUAAGUUUUUGAUGCCAUGCUUAAAGAUUCACUUUAAUUAAUACAUUUGAAGGCCCAGUAUGAAUAACUUUUAUCCAGUAUAAUGGGCCUAUAAUAAUAAGGGUAUGGCUAUUUUUCAUAAGAAUGUACACAACUAUACAAUUUUGACAAAUAAGAACAGGCUUUAUUGUCACAUCAGUUACAUGAAGGCUAAGCCUAAAUGGAAUUUCAGAAUAUUUUGUAUACUGGCAUUUAUUUUAUCAAUUCUUAACCCAAUGAGUUAUUAUUCUUAUUCCACUGCCAAGGAGUGGAAUUCCUUGCCGGCGGCUAUAUUUCCGAGCUCAUAUAACCCGGCUACCUUCAAAUCAAGAGUGAACAGGCAUCUUCUGGGCGAGCUCACUCCAUCGUAGGCCACGUCUUUGCCUUUGGCUAGUCUGUGGUCAAGAGUAAGCCCAUUUAUAAAAAAAAAAAACUGUUUAAAAAUGUACAGUAAGCAGCAGAGUAGGUACUUAACUCGUACCGUCCCUGCAUAUAAAUUUGUUCAUGGUUCUCCUAUCCUGUGACUUAACCCUUAAAUGCAUGACCUUGACAAAGAUUUAUUCAAAUUUGAAUUUUGACAUGCUGUCAAUAGAGUCAAAAAUGCAUGAUGCAUAUAUACAUCACUAUGCAUUUCAGGGUUAAAUGCAUGACCUCGACAAAGAUUGACGUGCUGUCAUCAGAGUCAAAAAUAGAUGAUGCAUAUACAGCGUGGAAAAAUCGAAUGCCACAUGGAUGACAACUACCUUAAAUAUUGUAAAUAGCACAUUUUGUGUAAGGGUGACUUUCCUUUG